ACUGGCUAAUACUGCCGUGUGACAGUCGUGCGUGGGCGUUGCAAUUGGCCAGCAACACCGAGCUGCUUUUUGAAUCAGGAGAGCUUCUGUUGCAAUGCCUAGUGAUCCACAAGUCCUACUGGAAUCCUGCCUUACAAAGCAAUGAUUAUAGCUGUUAAGUCUUAGAGUUAAUUUUUAACCCCAUCCGUGAAAGAGUUAAUUUGUUGUGAUCCAUCAGCAGCAUCAUAGAGACUUGUCUAUAGCUCAAACCAAGACUACUCUUGCUCAAACCAAAGAUACAUCAGUAAACCUUACUUAUAAGUGUUGUGAACAUGCAUACAGUAUUGUAACUGGGGCCAUUCUACACGUCUCAAAGGCCUGGCAUAACAAUGGAGAAUGUCAUAGCAUAAUUGUCUACCACAGUCAUCACUUACAUCAGAGAGACAAUAUCCUGUGAAUAAUAAAUCCUAGGAUUAAUACCAUUCCUGUUUGAUGACCAUCAAAUAGCUUGUGAUCAUCGACAAGGCUUGCAAAAGCAGCAAUUAAGUAACUUAGUGGUGGAUAUAUCAAAACAGCAAGUCUAAUCUUAAGAAAAUGAGAGCACCAAAGAAGACCUUCACAUUUGAUAGUGGGUUCCUAGAAAUGAUGGUGGUGAUAAAAUCAAUUUGAAUUUGCUCUAUCUGGAUUUGAUGAUCCAGCGUUGAUAAAGUACAUCGUCUCCUACACAAUUAAUAAUAGCAACAUAGAUAGAUUAUGUGAAAACUAGCUCAAAUCAAGUAUAUUACAAUUCUGAGUCUAUUGUUGUCUUUGUGAUAAAGGAUUGGGGAAGAAUGUAAACAUACCAGUAAUUAAGAAAUCAUACCAUUAUCUAUCAUCAUGUUAAAGCAGUAUAUGUUAGGAAUGAUAAGGAGUGGUAACACUGUGGUGGCUCCAAUUAGUGAACAUGCAUACAGUAUUGUAACUGGAGCUAUGGGGAGUCUACACUUCAAAGGCCCUUCAGUGGUUUCUGUAUAUUACAUACUUUGUGGCUUCUAUGAUGAUUAUAAAAGUGGUAGACAGUAAGAGCUGAAUUCAUUGCAACAGAGAAACAACAACAGCCUCAGUAUGGGAACAGGACUCCUAACAGCAUUCAUACUAGUUAUACUGAGUACAUGUUAUACAAAUGGACUAACAUUGAAUGACUUGUACCCAUAUGGUACAGAACAUGGGGAACCAUGAGGACUGGAGCUAAUUAUCUCCCUGAAGCACCAUUAGAGCCUCCAAUUGAUAAUUUAGUUAGAUUUGGUCCAACUGGACUUAUGGCAACAAGAUACAGAGUUACAUACAUUGGGCCUCUGGAAAUUAGAAAUGAUGGUAGUGAUAGCAUCAAUUUGAAUUUGCUUGUUGCUUUGAGUGAUUUUUCCAAUAAUAAAGUGUAUGGUAGGGCUACUGAUGAUUCAAUCUUAAUUAAAAGAGCAAUGGAUCAGAUUAAUGAAGCAUUUCCUAAUACUUUCUGCAGUACAUCUCCUCCUACACAAUUAAUAAUAGCAACUUGGAUAGAUUAUAUAAAAACUAGCUCUAACCAAGGCAGUAACUUCCAGGCAAUUGUUGUAACUAAUGGAAGCAUUACAUUUGGUAUUGCUCUUUACGUUGAGGUGAGCAUUACAACAGCUACUACUGGAAUAGAUUCAAUCGUUAAUGGUACUUAUGGAGAUGCUGAUCCAUCUUUCUUUCCAUUUGGUACUGAUAUCAUGGAUGCUCCUAGCAUGAUGCUUAAUAGCAACAUACCAGGGACAUAUAUAUUUUCACUGAAUGAUAAACCACCAGAUCCUUGCACUGAACCUAGCCAGCCUGACUGCUCUGUUGUAUACAAAGCUAAACUUCUCAAAAUGGCAUGUGAGACUUUGAAGAUUAAUGAUGAAAAUCUACCAGCUCCAUGUCAUAACUAAUAUAACAUUCAAUUUUAUUGUGUUUUUGUUUAAUAGUGUCUUACUUUAACAGUAGAAAUAGCUAGUUAUUUUGUUAUCUGGUAUGUAAAAUGUCAGAAAAAACCUAUUGAGUUGUAAAAAUACUUUUAGUGUACACGA